AUCUCAUCUUAUGUUAUGUUAGCGGUCACGUGACCACGCCAUCCCCGGCUACAACGACUGGCGCCGCCAUUGCAAUCUGAGUGAGGCGACAACAUUUGAUGAGCUGGCGGGAGAGAUCUCCAACAAGGCUGUCAGGGAGCAGCUAAGGAAGCUGUAUGGCCAUCCAGGCAACAUUGAUAUUUGGGUAGGAGGUAUCUUGGAAGAUCAGAUUGAUGGAGCAGAGUUGGACCAACUUUCAGAUGUUUGCUUGUGGAGCAGUUCAGACGCAUUAGGGAUGGAGACAGAUUCUGGUACGAGAACCCGUCCACCUUCAGCCGGAACAGCUGACUCAAUCAAGCAGUCAUCGUUGGGUCGAGUGUUGUGUGACAACGGAGACAACAUCACUGAGAUCACCGACAAUGUCUUCCUGCUGCCCACCAGUCAACAGCGCUCUGCACUCAAAUCUUGCAGUGAAAUCCCCUCGCCAGAUUGCGAUUCUGGUAUGAUUGUGCUGACUGCGACAAUGAAGUGGAAGACGUGCGACCGCGACGCGAUCUGUCGCUGGACAACGCGACAGAGGAGCGCCUGGAGGGACUUGAAGCCGUCGUACAGGAGCUGCAACGCAGCAUCAAAACGUUGCGACGCCGCAUCAAGCAGCUGUCACUGCAUCACUGUCAUGACAGCAACGGAGUGCAGCGACAGGACAACGAAAACUGGGUCAGGAUAGCUGUACUAACUGUCAUUGCAAGAAAGGACAGAUCACAUGUACGACAUUGCAGUGUGCCAAGUUGCAUUGCGACAGACCCUACCAUCAACCAGGUGCCUGCUGCCCUGUUUGUCCUUGAGAAAGUUCCAAGGUCACCUAGUCCGUGUAAAAAGCACUCAUCUCUUUUAGUGGAUGCAAAUCCAGAACUCAAACUUUCUAGUUUGUAUCGUACCAACCAAUUUGUGUAGGUAAACUGUGAUUAAGACCAUCAACCACUUGAAUUCUUCUUAAUAAUC